GCUUCCGGCCGACCUUAAUUCCGCUUCCUGUCUGACAUCGGCAUCUUUGCUGAGGGUCACAUUGAGCUGCGCGCUGUAUCAGGGGCGUCUUUAGGAGCCAGCACCAUGGCUGAAGAGAUCAAGAGCAAAAUCAAGAACUACAAAACUGCUCCUUUUGACAGUCGCUUCCCUAACCAGAACCAAACCAGGAACUGCUGGCAGAACUACCUAGACUUCCACCGCUGCGAGAAGGCAAUGACUGAAAAAGGAGGUGAUGUCUCUGUGUGCCAGUGGUACCGGCGUGUGUACAAAUCUCUUUGCCCUCUAUCUUGGGUCUCAGCCUGGGACGACCGCCUGGCAGAAGGCACAUUUCCAGGGAAGAUCUGAGCCGGCUCCAGCCCACCUCUCCUGUCCUUUGUCCUUCUCAGGGUAGUGAAGGGGGACCCUGGGAACGUGAUGGUCCCAACCCUGGGACUCUGGAUCAUGACUUUACUCAUAAUAAAAAUUCACUGAGAAGGUGUUAGCCCGUGUGUGAGAGU